CCGAGGGGGCGGGGGAGGAGCCGGGCCGCGGCAGGAGGGGGCCGGAGCGGGGCGGGGUCAGCAACCUGUACGAGCUGAUAACCAAUGAAGAAUUGGAGGAUGAUCUGGAAUCCAAGGAGGAGAGAGCAGAGUCCAGACUGAAUGAGCAAGAUGGUCCAGGGAACAAUGAAGAAGCUGAAACUGGUGAGCCAGAGAGUGAUGGGCAGAGAGCUGGAGAAGACACUCAACAGCAGGACCAGACAGUGACCAAACUGCAGCCUGUAUCAGCUAACAAGCCACGGAAGAAAAAAAAGAAACGGAAGAACAAGAGAACUGCAGCUGGCGAGACUCUGGAAGACGACGACCUGGAAGACAUUGACAGCAUUCUGGAGAAAAUGGAGGAUUCCAGUGGGCUGUCGUAUGAAACUAAGAGUGGUGUAAUCGCAGACAGUCGGCCUCUGCUCUACGUAGAGCACAGAAACUUGAAUCCGGAGACUGAGCUGAAGAGGUACUUUGGGGCUCGGGCUGUUCUUGGCGAUCAGAGGCCACGGCAGAGGCAGCGUCCGUACAUUCGCAGCACAUGGCUGACUGCUCCCAAGAACACCUGGCCACGCUACAGCAAAACAGGCAUUGCCAUGAGGCUUCUGGAGACAGGAAGAGGAGUCCAGCACUUCACCUUUGAGCACCAUCGAGAGUACCAGCAAGUGCAGUUCAGGUUCCUGGAUGCAGUAGAGUCUCUGGACCCAAACAACAUUGUGCUUUUGCUCCAGAUGAACCCAUACCAUGUGGACUCGCUGCUGCAGCUCAGUGAGGUGUGUCGAAUGCAGGAGGAUCAGGAGAUGGCCCGAGAUCUUGUAGAGCGAGCGCUGUACAGUCUGGAGUGUGCGUUUCACCCUGUGUUCAGUCUCACCAGUGGAACCUGCAGGCUUGAUUACCGGAGACCCGAGAACAGAGCUUUCUACCUGUCUCUCUUCAAACACAUGAUCUUCCUGGAGAAGAGAGGCUGUCCCCGUACUGCCCUGGAGUUCUGCAAACUUAUCCUGAGCCUUGAUCCGGAGAAUGACCCGCUGUGUGUACUGCUGCUAAUUGAUUUGCUCUCGCUCCGAGCUAGAGAAUACGCCUUCCUGACACGCAUGUUCCAAGAGUGGGAGGGUCACCGGAACUUGUCCCAGCUCCCAAACUUUGCGUUCUCGGUUCCGCUGGCGUAUUUCCUUCUGAGCCAGCAGGAAGAGCUCUCGGAAGCGGAGCUCAGCCAGGCAUGGGAGAGAGCUGCCCACCUUCUCCAGCACGCGCUGAUCAUGUUCCCGAGCGUUCUCAUGCCAUUGCUGGAUCACUGUAGCGUGCAGCCAGACUCCAGGGUCACUUCGCAUUCUUUUUUUGGACUCCAAGCUCAGAUAAGCCAGCCUCCUGCCUUGAACCAGCUGGUCUCCCUGUACGUAGGAAGGACUCACUCCCUGUGGAAGGACCCUGCCAUCAUGGCCUGGCUGGAAACCAAUGUUCAUGAAGUGUUACGGAGGGUGGACACGAGUGAGCCAGUGGUGGAGGAGUUUGCACAGAAAUGCGAUAAAAUCGAUCCCCGAUUGCUCUGCCGUCAACUCCAGAACUUCACCGCGGCGACCCCGAAGUGGAGUCAACGGGGAAGCGGCAGCAGUCGACUUGCCCCUGUCCUCACGGCCAGGCGCAAGGUGCGGUACCAGAGUGCCCCCAGAAACAUCUCUCGCCAUGUGAUUCUCUCGGAGCUGAAAGAAGCCACGGCAGCAUUGCCCCUGGAAGUGACAUCCCAGCCCCUAAUGGGGUUUGACCCCCUACCUCCCUUGGACUCCAUCACUUCCUAUACAAGACCGGAAAGGAUGACUCAGCCAUCCAAUGAAAGCACUUUAUCUCUCUUCUUUCGAUCAUUUUUGCCAAAUUUUACCUUACAGGGGGAGGUCAGACAAGAUGGAGCUGAAGAGGCUGGAGCUGGGCAGGAUCUAAACCAGGGUGUGAACAGGCUAAUGGCAGCCAUGCGGGACAUGCUGGCGAAUAUCCAGUUCCAGGAGCCUCCGCGAGACGAAAACCCCGAUGGAGACGCGGACUGGGACUGAAACCAGACCAAGCCCCGUCCCCACGCCGUGCUAUGUAAUUAUGUUCCUGAUUGCACCACCAGCAUAAUAAAGAGUCACACAGAG